AUGGCUCAUCUUUCAGAUCAAUACGAUAUGUCGUCGGACACCCAAAAGUCUGCCAUUAUGAAGCUGGUGACAAAUGACGGCGAGAAUUUCGAUGUGCCACGAGAUGUGAUCCGGCUUUCGACCACCAUCAACACUAUGCUUCAAGAUCUCGGUUUGGAUAAUGAGUCUAAUGAUCCGAUUCCGAUCUGUAAUGUGUCUGGUCCGAUCAUGAAGAAAGUCCUGCAAUGGUGUACUUUCCAUAAGGACGAUCCGCCAAGCACCGACGAUUCCGAUAAUCGCGAGAAACGCACCGAUGACAUUCCCAGUUGGGAUGUUGAAUUCCUGAAAGUUGAUCAAGGAACCUUAUUCGAACUGAUUCUCGCUGCUAAUUACCUUGAUAUCAAAGGGUUGCUUGACGUCACUUGUAAAACAGUUGCCAAUAUGAUCAAAGGGAAGACACCGGAGGAAAUUCGUCGUACAUUCAACAUUAAAAACGAUUUUACACCGGAAGAAGAAGAACAGAUUCGUAAAGAGAAUGCCUGGUGUGAAGAUUAA